GUAGUUAUUUACUAGCCCAACAUUGAAUAUCACUAACCGUGGGAGUGGGGUUACCAUAAUCUAGAAGCUCUGAUUAUUGAAAUGAUGUGCAUAAUUCUAAGUGUUUUUAUUGUUUCAUGUCUUUCACGUGAAUGUAGAUGAGCAGUCCAAGUCAGAGGUAUUGAGAAAACAAGAACAGCACCUUCAUCUUGCUAUGAUGGAACGAUCAUUUUACAAAGCUAAGUGCAGUGAUACCAAAACAACAGCUGCAACACACGGGAUUUACACUUUAACUACUCCUUCGAUUAUGCACAAGAGGUGCACUAUCCUGCCGAUCCUCAGCAACCUGGUCCAAUAUACUUUAAGACCCCUAGGAAAUGCCGGGUGUUCGGUACACAUGCAGAAGGAAUACCAUGUCAGAUAAAUUAUUUGAUUGACUAAGCUGUUUUUAGUGGCAAGGGGGCAAAUGCCGUCAUCAGCCUCCUACACCAUUUCCUGGGCAACUAUGGAAUUGGUGAAAUGCACCUUGAUCUCAAUGCAGACAACUGCUGUGGCCAAAACAAAAACAAUUGUGUAAUGUGGUACCUUUGCUGGCGUACUCUUGUGGGACUUCAUACUACAAUUCACAUGCACUUCAUGUUAGCAGGUCACACUAAAUUUGCGCCAGAUUGGUGCUUUGGCCUAUUCAAACGACUGUUUAAACGAACAUUUGUUUCCUCCUUGGCCGAGCUUCAGGAUGUAGUCAACAAGUGGACAGAAAAGGGAAUUAAUCACACCCAGUUAGUUGGUGAUCAGGAAGCCAAUGUGUUAGUGCCGAUAUAUGACUGGACCCCUUUUCUAGCAGACUUUUUCAGACGGUUUCCAGGAAUCGAGUCUCACCAACACUUCUUUUUCUCAGCAAAAGAACCAGGGGUGAUAAAGUAUAAGUCGAAAUCAGAUGACGACUGGAGAGCAUUCACCCUCAAGAAGACGGAUGCAGUUCCUGUUGGUAUGCCGCAUGUCAUCAACCCCAAGGGUAUGGACUUGGCGAGAAGGGCAUACUUGUUCAAGGAGAUCAGGGACUUUUGCAAAGAUGAGACAAAGGAUCUCGUGUGCCCCAAGCCAUUAGAAAUCAUCACAGAGUCUGAUUCGGAAGAGGAUGUACAUACUAAUCAGCAAACUGAGAAAAGGGCAAUGGAGACAGCUCCUAAACAGAGACCGAGCAAGCGAGGACGAGUUGCUCGUGGUACUGGGCGUGGCCGUCGUACAGGAAAAUAACAUUACAACAGACACAUUCAUUGUAAAUAGUGCUCUUUUUUUGGCAAUAAUUAUUACACACACAUAAACAAUGACAAUCUGGAUUAUUGUGCAUUACAUACAUCUGGUGUGAAGCACCACUUUUCGUGUUCCAGUGUGACAAUCUCCGUCAUUUCGGUGUCUUAGCUAUCAAAUAGGUGGUGUUGUUGUUUUUUAUUUUUAUUUUUAUUUUUUUUAUUUUUUGUAUUAUUAUUAUUUUUUUAUUAUUAUUUUUUUUUGUAUUACCCACAGAUCAUUAAUACUAAUAAAUUAUUGUUUAAAUUGACACAUUUUUAUUGAAUAUGAUUUUGUAGUUAAAACACCACCCAUUUUAAUUAAGCAGGCAUCAGAAAUAGGUAAACAAGGACAAAGUAAACUGGUUGCACUUAGCCCGUACUAAAACCCAGGAUUUCGAAAAACAAAUCGACACAAACUUUCAAGAUUUUUAUCCUAACUGAAUAAAACAAUCUUUUUAAAAUUAAAAUUGCUUUGGAGAGUUGCUGUGUUCAUGUAUAAGCAAAAUAAACCUAAAUGGUAAAAAAAUAACUCUGGUUGCUAAGGAAUUUGAUAUGGAAUCUAAACUUACCCUUUGUCCAAAUUUUAAGCCUGUUUUCUCCGUUUUCGAGUUCCGUACAUCAGUAUCUUUAAAUCGCCAUAAUUUUCUUAAUACUUGAAAUUACUCAAUUUUGAAAAAUAUCACCAAGUGCCUGGUUUUGACAGAGCGGGUCACAUAUAAUACCAAGAGGACCACAGGAUAGAAAAUAAACUUCACCCUGUACCACUUGGGACAUAAAACAACUAAGUGAACUAUAUAACCAGGAGUGUUUCAGUAUCCUUGCAGAUUAUAAUUGUAAGCACUACCACUUAAUUAUCAAGACAUCCUUAAAUGUUGAUUGUCAAUCACAAUAAUAUAUUAACGAGUAGCUGUGUUUUAUUACACAGAAUAAGGAAUGAAGAAAGCUGAAAGGAAAACAACUGGUAAGGCUAAAUCAAGUCAGAAAAGGACUGUCAUGUGCGUGCUUAUGUUAGUUGUGAGUUGAACACGUGCAAUAAAAAAUAAAAAUAAAUAAAUAAUAAUUCAAUUUUAAAUUUUAAAUUUAAAUUUAAAUUUCUAAUUUAAUUGAAAUUUAAUUAAUAAGUUUAUAUUAAACUAACCUACAAUACACAUUUAAUUCGCAAAUAUGAGCGAAAUUAAACUAGCUUUCAAACUGCAAAAUACAAACUACUCAACAGGUAAGCACAACUACAGCUAUGUUGACCAAGUGUGUAACGUAAAUAUAACCAAGCAAAAAAAUAUUUAAAAAAAC